AUGUUCAAUAAAACGUCUAAGAAACCAAUAAGAAAGCAAGGUCUCGGCCUCUUUCAGAGAUUACCCUACGACGUCAGAGAAUUGAUCUGGUGGGAGUUCAUUCCAACCGGAAAAGAUGAAAGAUACAAUCCGAAACAACGAGUUCAAGCAACCGAUCUCGGAAUCUUACGCACAAGCAGAGAGAUAUACAAUGAAGUAUCCAAAUUACUUUAUCAAUUCACCAACUUGAUAUUCACUAUGGACCCUCUUCAUCGCGGUUUGAACGUGUCUUUCGAGCAGAGGCUCUAUUCCCGACGUGUGGAUGGUGCCCUCCACUAUCAAGGGACCCUAUGGCACCUGAAAGAUAUAAAACAUGCGAAAUCUUCUGGCUUCUACGAUCUUCCUUUUCACAAGUUCUGGGAAGUCAUCGUCAAUCUACGCGCGCCAAACGCGUCAAACCCACACGAGCUAUUUUUCCUCUGGAAAGACAUCACCCAGCUGAUGAUCCCGGUUAUUAAAGAAACUGCAAUUGACAGUUUGGUUAUCCGUCUGCAGAAAGGGUCCAAAGCCGACUGGCUCAAUGAAUGGAGACGACCGAACAAAAGCUCUGUUUACCAAGUGAUAAACUCCCGACAUGACUAUGAUGUCGUUAUUGUACCAUUCUGCGCAUUAAGGAACCUGAAGGAUAUCAGUAUGGAAACAUACUCCUGGCAACUCCGUCGUGAGAUGGACUGGAGGGUCAUCAAUAGAGGCAUUGAAACCGUGCGUCUCCAAGCUUGGAAACAUUGCGAAUCGCCGAAUCACAAAGAUUAUGGGAUCCUUGAACACGACGUGGACCGCGCGGUAGCGGGAGAUUACUUCUGGCUGCAUUUGGAGAUGUGGAAAACGCGCCGUCCUAUCUAUGAUCGGUUACGACGGGACUUUCUCAGUCAAUGGUUCGAUCAGAAUGGUAUCUCCGAAUUCGAGAGACAGAUUCAAAAGAUCGUGUACCAGUAUCCGGAAAUCAUCGAGACUUACGAUCCGGAAAUGAAUAUCUUAGAGGAUAUGCACAUGACUCUGGUGAGUCUGUACAGCUAUGCGAAGUCACUGCGUGGCGAGGAAGAUCUGAGUGACUGGGACCAAGGCAUUUGGUAUUCUACCUUUCCCUUUGGCGUUCCAAUUCAAGAGGAUCAUAGAUUUUGCGCGAGUGGUGGGUUUUACAUGAGACGACGUGAUUUGUUUAAAUCCAACGCCUAUCUCAAACAUACGAAAGAGAAUGAUUAUCUGAGCACCAUGACGGACAUUAUUAUUGAUUGGAGAAUGAAGAAUAUUGGUAAUCCAUUACGGAGAUGUCCUUCAUGUGAUGAAUAUGGCUUUAAGAGGGGUCGUUAAUGCAAUCUGCGGACAUGUUCCUACAUUUUUUCCAUCAAGUGAACUUUGUAUUUAGGAUGAUGGAGUUUUCAAGGACUGAUUGUGGUCGUUCUGCUGCGGUAGAGCAGCAUGCUUGUGGGAUCUUUUCUGUUAGGGAUAGG